AUGGACUCUAUUCUUCUUGAAUCAACAUUACCUUUAAAAUAUAUAGCAUUCUCUCAUUGCUUCCGUACUGAAGCAGGUGCAGCUGGCGCCGCCACCAAAGGUCUUUACCGCGUUCAUCAGUUCAGCAAAGCAGAAAUGUUUGUCAUCUGCCGACCUGAAGAUAGUGAAUUCUUUCACCACGAACUCAUUCAGAUUGAAGAGGAUUUGUUCACUUCUCUAGGAUUACACUUCAAAACACUGGAUAUGGCCACAGCGGAUUUAGGCGCUCCAGCUUACCGUAAGUUUGAUAUUGAAGCAUGGAUGCCUGGUUUUGGACGAUUUGGCGAGAUAUCAAGCGCAUCGAACUGCACGGAUUACCAAAGCCGGAGAUUGGGAAUACGAUACCGCCCAUCUGAACCACUUCAGACGGGUCCUAAGAAAGGCAAAGCGAACCUUCCAGCUACUAAGUUUGUGCACACUCUAAACGCAACGGCGUGUGCGGUCCCGAGGAUGAUGGUGUGUUUGCUGGAGAAUUACCAGCAAGAAGAUGGAUCCGUGGUGAUCCCUGAGCCUCUUAGGCCUUUCAUGGGAGGCAUCGAACUCAUCAAACCGAAGCUCAAGUAG